AGCGCUGAACACGUCUCCAUGCUCGCUCUCGCUCCAACCAAGAUGUUUGGGAAAAUCCUAUAUGUUUCCCUUCUCUUAACCAACUCGAUGGCUGUUCUAAGCGAAGACCGCUUUCUCGCUCGCAUUGGCUGGACUUCUUCUUCUUCACAAACGACAAAUUCGAAUGCGGGAUUUCAACAAACUUAUGACCCCCAAACGGGUUACGGUGUCCAGCAGGAAGUGGGGAUCAAGACUCGUUUAAUAGACCUCAUUACCGCAGUGCGGACUCUAAUGCGAAUUCCUCUCAUCGGCUUGAAUAUCCUCAUCAUAAUAUAUAAACUGACGCUGGGUUAA